AGUUUCUUUCUCUAAAUUGAGUAAAUUCCUACUCUCUCUAUCGCCGAGCUUGAUAUCUAUGGCAGCAAAGCUUAUGCAUGCGGUUCAGUAUGACAGUUAUGGUGGAGGACCUUCUGGUUUAAAGCAUGUUCAAGUUCCAAUCCCAUCUCCAAAGAAAAAUGAGGUUUUGCUCAAGUUGGAAGCAGCAAGUCUAAAUCCAGGUGAUUGUAAGAUUCAGAAAGGCAUGGCGUGGCCUCUUUUCCCUCGCAAGUUGCCUCACAUUCCUGUAACUGAUGUGGCUGGAGAGGUUGUAGAGGUGGGACUGGGAGUCACAAAGUUCAAAGUGGGUGACAAAGUUGUGGCAAUGCUCAGCUAUGGUAAUGGAGGUGGACUUGGUGAGUUUGCGGCAGCUAAUGAGAAAUUGGUAGUUUCUAGGCCUCCUGAAGUGUCAGCAGCAGACGGCGCAGGCUUACCGGUUGCUGCUCUUACAGCUCACCAGGCUCUCACCAAAGAUGCAAGGAUCAAGCUUGAUGGAACAAGCCAGCAGAAGAACAUACUCAUUACUGGUGCCUCAGGUAACGUCGGUCUCUAUGCAAUCCAACUAGCAAAGCUCGGAAAUGCUCAUGUCACCGCCACUUGUGGAGCUCGUAACAUUGAACUAGUCAAGAGCUUAGGGGCAGAUGAGGUUCUUGACUACAAGACCCCUGAAGGGGCAACUGUCAAGAGCCCAUCUGGUCGGAAAUAUGAUUUUGUGAUCCAUUCUUCAUCAAAAGCAAUUCCUUGGUCAGUCUUUGAGCCGAAUUUGAGCUCAAAUGGGAAAGUUAUAGACCUUACUGCCGGCCUCAGCUCCUUGUUUACUUUUGUUCUUAAGAAACUCACCUUCUCCAAGAAGAAGCUGGUGCCAUUGAUCAUAAAUGCGAAGGGUGAGAACCUGGAUUGUCUUGUUAAGUUGGUGAAGGAAGGAAAGCUCAAGACUGUGAUUGACUCAAAUUUUCCUCUAUGCAAAGCUGAAGAUGCUUGGGCUAAAAGACUUGAUGGCUACAAUACAGGGAAGAUCAUUGUGGAGCAUUAGGUCUCAUUUGGUUCACGGAAAGGAAAGUAAUUUCUUUGUGUCUUUUC